UCCUAGCAGCUCGUUCUGCUUGUUGGUUACGUUGUAUCAAGCUCCAGUAUUGGAGGGUACUAACAACCAGCAAGAUACAGAUACAUCGAAAGCAGAGGAAUUAACCCGGGGAGGAAAUCUGUUCAAUGUUGGAUUUACUGUACAGAGGACCAAAGGGAAAUAUUAAAUCAUUGAAUGGUUUGAGAUUUAACCUAAAAAUGACCGCCCGAGCUGGUAUUUUCGAUUUGGAACGGGAUCUCAAAGUGUGAUGGCAGCAGUCCAGUGAAUUGCUGGCCUCUCCUUUUCCUUGCCGUUGGAUUUCUUGGGGAGUGCAUUGGUCUGUGGUUAUUUUGACACAUUUUGUUGUCAUUCUCGUCAAUUACUUUUACUCUUUCUAUCUAUGGAGUGUACGUAAUCCGUCGUUGUACUGGGGUUUGCACACGGGGGCAAAAUGUGGGUAAAUAGGAAGGGGAUACCUAGACCCUAAGGAUUCUCUCAACCCAGUCCCCCAGCAGUCAGAGAAGGUGGCGGACCUCAUUGAGGCAAACCUGGGCCGUUGGCACUAAAAUGUCCUUAAGUAGUGGCACUGCAGGCGGGAAAGGUGUGGACUCGAAUGCGGUGGACACUUACGACAGCGGUGAUGAGUGGGACAUCGGUGUAGGAAAUCUGAUUAUCGACCUAGACGCUGACUUAGAAAAGGACAAACUUGAGAUGUCUGGAACCAAGGACGGAGGGGGUAUGACGGCUCCGCCCAGUGCUGUUGCAGCUUUGCCUGACAACAUCAGAUUUGUUAGUCCUGUACCUGGCCCUCAAGGCAAGGAGAGUAAAUCUAAAUCCAAACGCAGCAAAAACUCAAAAGACAAUAGUAGCAAGGUCUCAGCUGGAGAUGGGGCCAAGAAAGAAGGGCAGACGCGAACCCAAGGGGAACCAACCAACACUGGUGCUACUGCAGGAGCCACUAGCAACAAUUCCACUACUGGCAAAGGAAUGGAGAAGGGUGGCAAAGUCUCUCGGAACAGUGGUAAAAAAGACAAGGAAGGGACAAGUGGGAAAAGUAAGAAGGAGAAAAGCGAGGGAGUGCCAGUGGUGGUAAUAGCUGCCACUGAAAAGGAGGUGGUUUCUCAAGUAGCUUUGGGGGUUAACCGUAGUGCCCCCUUUGAGAACACACAAUCUACAGACUUGGUAGGGGACGAUCAGUUGGGGAAUAUUGCACUUGAGUCUGUUGGGAUUGUUCCAGCAUUGACAAUUAAAACUGAACCGCAGGAGCUGGACAAUAUAGAAUGCAGAACAUUGAAGAAAGUGAAAAAUGAAAAGAUGGAAUCUCCUGUCUCCACACCGGCCCCUCCCCCCCUCCACCUCCUGGCCGCCGUGGGGGACAACAUCGCGUCCCCGUGUGAGCAGAUAAUGGUGCGCACUCGCUCGGUGGCGUCCAACACAUCAGACGCGUCCCUGGCAACGGAGCCCGAUUGCCUUGGUCCCUGCGAGCCCGGGACUAGCGUCAACCUGGAGGGCAUUGUGUGGCAAGAGACCGAAGACGGCAUGCUGGUGGUGAAUGUGACCUGGAGGAACAAGAGCUACGUCGGCACCCUGUUGGACUGUACUCGACACGAUUGGGCACCUCCCAGGUUCUGUGAGUCUCCCACCAGUGACUUGGAGAUGAGAAAUGGCCGGGGCCGGGGCAAGAGGAUGAGGCCCAACAGCAACACACCCGUCAACGAGAACAGCAACUCGUCGGACAACAAGGGCAGCGGCACCAGCAAGACACGUGCCGCCAACAACAACAAGGGCCGGCGGGGCAGCCAGACGUCGUCGGAGCGCCGCACGCCGCCCAACAGCAACACAGAGGACGUCAAGGCCAGCCCCUCAUCGGCCAGCAAGCGCAAGUCCAAACCUGCCUCAGACAUGGAGCCCAACUCCAGCUCUGAGGACACCAAAGGCAACAAGCGCAUGCGCACCAACUCCAACAGCGGAGGAGGAGGGGCGCCUCCCCCUGUCCUUCCCCCCAUCCCCUCAAUUAAAACUGAGCCCCAGCCCCCGACGCUCGACCGCAACUGCCCCUCGCCGGUCCUCAUCGACUGCCCGCACCCCGGCUGCAACAAAAAGUACAAGCACAUCAACGGCCUCAAGUACCACCAGGCACGCGCACACAACGACGACGACGACAUCAAGCUGGACCUGGAUGGGGACAGUGAGUACGGGGAGGACUCCACGCUUCACCCUGAGCCGGGGAACUGCAACGGGGCCUCCAGUUCUCACAAAGGCUGCCUGUCUCCCGCACGGUCCGUCACCCCCAAAGGAAGGGGCUUGGACUGCCAGAGUCCGUCUCCUUCCCCGGGCAAGUUUGGUUCCAAACACAGUAAAAAGAAAGGUGGUGACGCUGACCCUGAAGCAAGCGGCAUGCCGAUGGAAGGCUGUGACGACGGGCCCUGUCUCACCGACGAGGCCAGCAACGAUGGCAUGGAAAAGUCCAAGUCCCACAAAAAGUCCAAGACCGACAAACUUUCUCAGAAGAAUAUGAAGUCAUUGUCCCGGCCUGUACCCCCAGGGAGCGUAGCUUCCCAGCAGCUCUACUCCUUACAGGCCGCCUCUUUCCCUGCAGGGGGGAACCCCAAUGCCUCCCUAGGGAUCCCCCCUAUGAUACAGGGCAUCCCCAAAAGCCCCCAGAUGAAGGGCGCCCAGCCCACCAAACCCCCUGCCGCGAUGGGAGACCCUGCCGCGCUGAACCCUGCUUCCGGUGCCUCAAAAGAAAAGAAGAAGAAGGAGAAGAAGAAGAGAGACAGCAGGAAGGAGGCAGACAGCCCCAAGCCUCCGGGGAAAGGGGGGAAACCAGAAGAAGGCAAGAGCCCCUACUCUGAGUCCUCAGAGCCAGGAAAAGGUGACGGGCUACUUAACGGCUCCUCGGAUCCCCACCAGAGCCGUCUUGCCAGCAUCAAGGCAGAGGCGGAUAAGAUCUACAGCUUCACCGACAACGCCCCCAGUCUGUCCAUAGGGGUGGCCAGCCGGAUUGAGGGCACGGGAAUGCCGCAGCCACUCACGCCCCUCCACGUGGUCACCCAGAAUGGUGGCGGAGCCGACAACUCCUCAGUCAAGACCAACAGCCCGGCGUACUCGGACAUCUCGGACGCAGGGGAGGACGGCGAGGGCAGACUUGUGGAAGGGGUGAAGGUCAAGGUGGAGGAUCAAGGCAUCAGAGAAGGAGCCAAGAAAGCCUUGUUCCCCAGCCAGACGCCCAACAAGGAGUCUCCGUACUAUGCCGGCUAUGAGGCCUACUACUCGCCCAACUACACCUGCCCCAGCCCGGGUGCCGCCAACCCGGGCAUGCCGCACACCGAAAGUCCGGCGGUGAAAGUGAAGCGUGAGGACGAACAGGAGAAUGUGGAAGACAAGGUCAAAGUGGAGCCUCACGAAGAUCGCAAACCCGAGAUGAACGCCUCCAGUCAACAACAACAACAACAUCAUCAGCAGCAGCAGUCAGUCAUCCAACAACGCUCCAACAUGUACAUGCAGCCUCUCUAUUACAACCAGUACUCCUACGUUCCCCCGUACGCCUACCACCCGGACCAGGCCUACCACAACCACCUGCUCAACACCAACCCAGCCUACCGGCACCAGUACGAGGAGCGCCAGCGCCAGGUGAUCUCUGAGCAGCACAGGGCGGCAGUGGCGGAGAAGAAGAGCUCUGACGCGGCGGCCAUGAAGGAACGCGAGGCCUCCAUGAAGGAGGAGUGGAAGCAGAAGGCCUUGGGGCCGCCUACUCUCUCCAAGGCCCCUGGCAAGACAGACAGCCUGGCCAAUAAGACCCAACAGAACCAGGGUAAGACCAGAGACUCUCCAUCGGAGCCCUCCAAGGCCUCCGCCACUGGCCUGAAAGGAGAGGUAUCUAAGUCCCAGCAGGCCGAAGGGCUGAAGAUUAAGCUGAGUGAAGGGGGGCACCAUGGGAAGGAGGACUCCAAGCCAAGCCUGGACUCCAGAGCGGGGAUAGAGCAAGCCAUGUGGUACAGACAGCAGACCCAGAUGGAGGACGAGCAGCAGCAACAACCACCACCGCGGUGGAAAGACGAGAGAGACCGAGAGCGAGAGAGAGACCGCGACCGCAAAGGAAAGGACGACAGGCCCAACAGGCCCAAGGAGAGUGUCGGUCCCAAAGAGGAGGAUGGCGCUGGUCCGAAAGAGGGCACAGACCCCAGAACGUCUUCUGCUGAGGACCAACGGGCCAUGGGCAAAGACCCUCGUGCCAAUGCCCACAUGCAGUUCUCCUCUGCCCUGGCGCAGCAUCAGGGCUACAUGCCCUAUAUGCAUGGUUACCCUUAUGGGCAGGGCUAUGACCCCAGCCACCCCGGGUACAGAGGCAUGCCCACAGUCAUGAUGCAGAAUUACCCAGGUUCCCCCUACCUGCCCGCGGGCUACCCGUUCUCCCCUUACGGCGGCAAGAUGGCCGGUGGUGAGGAGGAGGUGAGGGGAGGUGACAAGUCGCGCGCCAGCCCCACGGUGAGUGGCAAGGCAGCUUCGGUGGACUCCAAGGCCCUGGACAUCCUGCAGCAGCACGCCAGCCAGUACAAGAGCAAGUCUCCCACGGUGGGCGACAAGCCGUCCCAUGAGAGGGACAGGGGAGAGAGGAGCGGCGGGGAGAGGGAACGAGAGAGGGACAUGGAGCGGCCACGCUCCUCGCCCUCCCAGCGCAUCAUGCCCUCCCAUCACCACCUGGGAUACCCGCUGCUCUCGGGCCAGUAUGAUCUGUCCUACACUACAGGUCUCUCGUCAUCAGCUAUUGUUGCCAGUCAGCAAGCCGCAGCCCCCUCCCUCUACCCCCCGGCGCGGAGAUGAAAACGGGAGACAUGACCGACACCUCGCCACCCUGCAAAGAUUCAUGUGACUGGCUCACAUGAGGAAGCCCUGGGCCCCGAGUCCAUUUUAGACAUCAGUUGAAUGGUGUUUCUAUAUUUUUAUUUCUCUGCCUGAAUGUCCGGCAGAUUCUUUUUUUUUCUUCUCCUAGCAGCAUCUUUUUCCCUCAUUUCCCUCCUGCCCCACCGUGGACUAGGACUGAACUCAGCCAAGGUUUCCCUCCUGCCCCACCGUGGACUAGGACUGAACUCAGCCAAGGUUUCCCUCCUGCCCCACCGUGGACUAGGACUGAACUCAGCCAAGGUUUCCCUCCUGCCCCACCGUGGACUAGGACUGAACUCAGCCAAGGUUUCCCUCCUGCCCCACCGUGGACUAGGACUGAACUCAGCCAAGGUUUCCCUCCUGCCCCACCGUGGACUAGGACUGAACUCAGCCAAGGUUUCCCUCCUGCCCCACCGUGGACUAGGACUGACCUCAGCCAAGGUUUCCCUCCUGCCCCACCGUGGACUAGGACUGACCUCAGCCAAGGUUCAAAGCCAUCACUGUCUGCCCAUGUGCACACCUCCGCUGAUAUCUAUUGGUCUUUGCACUGUUGAUGAACGAAGACAUGCAAAAAUAGACCAACUGACUGCCUGAAAAGCUGAAAAGGGGUUCUGAC